AGAGAGCGACACAUAUAGAGGCGUUGAGCUCCUUACUCUCUUGCGGUCCUCACAGAUGUUUGACUGGCUCUAUAGGUGAGAAUAUGGCUUCUAGACCCUCUCUGACUGAGGAGGAUUUCUCCUGCCCCCUGUGCUGUGACAUCUUCAGGGACCCCAUCCUCCUGGCCUGCUCCCACAGCAUGUGUAAGGGCUGCGUGCGCAACUUCUGGGACCAGCGAGGGGCUCUGGAGUGUCCCAUCUGCAGGACUGUCUCCUCCAACUCUGAGCCCCCCACCAACAUCGUGUUGAGGAACAUGUGUGAGGCUGUGCUGAAGGAGAAGAACCGCAGGUUUUCUGUAGAGAUGGAGGGGCUCUGCAGUUUACACCGGGAAGCUCUCACUAUCUUCUGCAGCAUGGAGCAAAGGCCCAUCUGCGCUAAGUGCAAGGACUCCAGUCUGCAUAGCAAGCACUCUUUCUGUUCCAUACAGGACGCAUCUCAAGACCUGAAGGAGGAGCUCCAGAUGAAACUGAAGCCGCUGCAUGAGAAGCUAAGAAUCUUUGAGGACUUCAAACAAUCCUACCUUAAAACGGGAGAGUAUAUUAAAAAGCAGGCCCAACACACAGAGGCUCUGAUAAAGAAGGAGUUUGAGAAGCUUCAUCACUUUCUUUGGGAUGAAGAGGCAGCCAGGAUAUCUGCACUGAGGAAGGUGGAGGAGCAGAGGAGUCAGAUAGUAAAGAAAAAGAUUGAGAAGAUUCAAACACAAAUCUCUUAUAUCUUGGAGACCAUCAAAGCCAUUGAGAAGGAGAUGGGAGGAGAAGACUUGCAAUUUCUGUUGAACUACAGAGCUACACUCGAAAGAACGCAGGCCAAGCUGGACAGUCCAGAGAGGCUCUCUGGAGUGCUGAUCAACGUGACAAAGCACCUGAGCAACCUGGGCUUUCACGUAUCAGAGAAGAUGCAUGGUGUUAUACAGUACACCCCUGUGGUUCUAGACCCCAACACUGCCCAUGCUGACCUUGUAGUGUCCGAUGAUCUUGUCACUGUGGUCUACAGUGGUCAGCAUCAGGAACUUCCUGCUAAUCCAGAGAGGUUUGAGGGUUAUGCGAUGGUCCUGGGCUCUGAGGGCUUUAGCUCAGGCACUCACAGCUGGGAAGUUGAGGUUGGAGAAAACACGUCCUGGGCUGUGGGGGUGAUCUCAGAAUCUGUGUAUAUGCACAGAGAGAAUCUUUCACGCUUUGGCUUGUGGUAUGUAGGUUUCUCUAAUGGUAAAUAUGGGAAAGGAUAUUCUCCAGAGAGCCUGAGCGUGCUGCGGGUUGGUGAGAGAGUCCAGAGGAUCAGAGUUCAGCUGGACUUUGACAAGGGCAGGGUGACUUUCACUGACUCAGGCCGAAAAGCCUGCCUGCACAUUUUCAAACAAACGUUCCAUGAGAGAGUAUUUCCUUACUUUUAUAACCGCUGCAAAUCACAUCCUCUGAGAAUAUUACCAGCAAAGUCUUUAGUGACAGUUGAGAUGCCCGAUUAGAGAUAACAGCAGGCAACAAAAAUUAGUUUCUUAAAUUAAAUUGUCUCAGAUAAAAUGUGUAUUGUACCAUCAAGCUCUUUGAAUAUAAUAAUCUAGGACUACUGUAAACAAAUUUUGGUAUUUUAAAAGAGUAAGUCAA